AUUGUUAUUGUCGCCGAGGUCGUCGCAUUCGCGUCUGGUGGAAACGCGCAGCGACGGAGACAAGCAGCGGGCCCUGUGAGGUUUCUGUGAAUGUUCUCGGACAGCCGCGUGCCGCGGCUAGCCGCGCAUCAGUUUCUCAGUGCACACGAGGAAAACAUGGAUAAUUCUGCGUACGUACCGAAUCACCUACCGCCGCCGUCUUUGGUCGUGUUCUCGCAGGCCGGAGGGCUGCCUGAGGCCUUGAGAAUGCAAAGACCAUUCAAUCCACAAGUGACCGAUUCGAAAGAUCUGCAGGUGCCCUUCAGCACGGCGGCAUCGCUGGGCUACGGGCUGCAUCACAUGCUGCAUUUGCCGCCGCAAUUCCUGCAUCCGCUCGAUCAUAGACUGCCCUUCGGCGGCUUUCGGCCCUUGGUGCCGUCCGCGUUCGCGCCCCCCAGCAAGUGCCUCAAGGUCGAGACCGGGAACGGCACGGUGCCGGGGAACGGCGGCCUACCCAGCAUCGGCUCGCUCUCGAGCAUGUCGAAUAUGUUCUCGCCCACAUCCCUACCGGGUGCCGGCGGGGGUACGGUGGACCGAAUCGUGGUGCGACUCCCGAUGAGGAAGACCGUGACGCCAACGCCACCCCAGGAUCCGAGAACACUGAACGAUCCACUCCGGAGGAGGGACGACCGUACAGACGUAAGUGCAAUCGUGACGCUAUCAGCCACUCAAAGUAGUAGAAUGUCAACGCGUCUUCUCAUCGACGGCUUUAUCUUUACCGCCGUUUGCGUAUAUAUUCGCAAGAAGAAAUUCCCUUCGGAUCCCUCCUGCUGCCCUGUAUGCGGAGUGACAGUGAGACCUCAAGAACUAGAGCAACAUUUUGCUCAAGAGCUCGAUCGAUUGUACAAGGUCUCCUCGGCAUCUUCAAGACCUCGACCCUCGAGGUCGACCUUACCACCAACGCAUCCCCAAGAUCAUUCCCAUGGCACGAUGCUCCAUGCCCCAUCGGCGGCGGAUGGCACCCCUCAGGGUAGAUGGGAAACAUACAAAAGGAUCAAGGCCAACAGACAAGCCAGAAUACGCGUUAAGAAUCGAAAGCGAAAAGCGGACGAGGCGUCUUGUCCGGUUUGCAGCGAGAGAUUGUCGGGCACUCCGGAGGAAUUAAAUCAACACGUCGACCGAUGCCUGAAUAAGCAGAACAAUGGAAAUCCAGCCGGGCAGAACGCGAAUGUCGACGAGGAAGAGGUUGACGUCGAGGGCGACCCCGAAUACGAGGAGUACGAGUGGGCCGGGCAGACAAGAGUGCGUGCCACUUCCAUGCUCGUUGGUGGGUUUUCUGCCGCAGGCCUCGCCACUUCCUCGAGCAAUCGUAGUGGUGCUAGGGGUGGAGGUAAUCAGGAGGACGAAGACGUCGAUCUGGUGGUCGAUGGCGACGACGCCGCUGAGUUCGGUCCAGCUCAGUAUUCCGAAGCGGAUGUGGUCGCGCCGCGAGUCGAUGGCACGCCGCGAGAACAGAAAGAACGGGACGCGCUUCGCGAAGCCGUUAUUUCGCCGAACGCGCCGCACACGCCGCAGCAGCUGACUCCUGACUCCGGACUGACGGCGCAGGGUCUGGUCGAGGUGAAGCCGGAGCCGGGCGCCGCAACGCCUGUCGCCCAACAAAACGACCCCGACGAAGGUGCCUCCGGGUCACCUAGGAGAGACGGCGAUACGCCCGUUCUUGAGGCCCUUCGCGGCCGCAUCCGCGAGCUCGAAGCUGAGAUGCGCGGACAACCCUUUAAGUGUCUCAUUUGCAUGCGUUAUGUUCCUUAA